UUCAAACGGCUCUCUUCCCUGAUAACAAUCCACAACAGCAGCUCAAACCCCAAACUCUCAAAUCUAUCACUCUCUCUCUCUCUCUAGCUUCUAUUGCCAAUUUCUGUUUCCGAAAACCAGUUAUCUGAAAUCAUUUCCGCUUUCAAGAAUCGACGAGUGAUCUAUUUCGCCUAAAUGGGCACUUCAGGGAAAUGGCUCAAGUCUCUAAUCACUCUCAAAAAGCUCCCAUCGACAGACCUCGGAAAACAGAGCGACAGUAAGGGUAAGAAGAAAUGGAGGUUAUGGAGGAGCUCAUCGGAGGGGUUCUUACCACCAUUAUCGAAGGGAUUGAAAAGGGAUCAUGUAUCAUCGGCGGAGUCUUCCCUUGUCCUUGAUCAUGCGUUCGCAGCUGCCAUGGCUACUGUUGUCAGAGCUCCGCCGAGGGAUUUCAUGGUCGUCAAGCAAGAAUGGGCCGCGAUCCGGAUCCAAACAGCUUUUCGAGGCUUGUUGGCAAGACGGGCUUUGAGGGCCUUGAAAGCAGUGGUGAGGAUCCAAGCUAUAUUUCGUGGUCGGCAAGUCCGAAAGCAGGCUGCUGUGACACUGAGGUGCAUGCAAGCUCUUGUCAGGGUUCAGGCUCGAGUGAGAGCACAGGGUGCAAGAACGUCUUCAGAAGGCCAAGCUUUGCAGAAUUUAUUGGAUGAAUACCACAUGGUUGAUCCCACCAAGCAGGCUGAGCGAGGAUGGUGCGAUCGUCUGGGUACUGUGGAUGAAGUUAGAGCAAAGUUACAAAUGAAGAAAGAAGGAGCCAUCAAGAGGGAAAGAGCAAUUGCAUACUCCCUCUCCCAACAGCAAUCAAGAUCAUGUGCAAGCCCAGCUAGAAAAACAAACAAGUCGGCAUCAGCUAUCAGGAAUCAAAAGCUGGAUAACAACAGCCCUGGAUGGAGCUGGCUAGAACGGUGGAUGGCAGCCAAGCCAUGGGAAAACCGAUUGAUGGAAGAAAUUCAUACCGACUCAUCAGAGACUCCAUUUUCCAGGAAAAGUGAAGAUAACAUUGCCAAUAUCUAUUCAUAUCCGUUGAUACAUAACUCCGUAAAGGUGAGAAAAAACAAUAUGUCAACAAGAAUUCUUGCUAAACCUUCUGUGGUCAGUCAGCAGAUUACCCGCUCAUCUUCUGCCCCAAGUUCUGAAUCCCUCAAUGAUGAGAGCUCGGAGUCAACUUCGUCCACAAGUGUUUCUCCAAUUCCAUUGUCUAGCAACACAAUCUUGGUGGACAAAGUAGAGGAGAAUUACAACCGGAAUCCAAGUUACAUGAAUCUCACAGAGUCAACUAAGGCCAAGCAAAAAGGAUGCGAGCAUUAUUCUUCUCAAGAUAUGCCAAGGCAGACGAUGGAGAAUCAGUUUUAUAUGUUGUCAAUGCCACUUUCCAAUGGAGAUGCCAAGAGCAGUGCUGGUUCCAAUCCUUCAUUUAAACCGAGCAGGGAUCUUUACCCACCAAUACCUUUGGGUAUACAUGAUGAGCUGAGAAAUCGACGACACUAAGUCAGCAUACUUCAUUGAGAGUUCAACUGCUUGUUGCCCUUAACAAUUCUGAAGCCAUUCAAGUGAUUUGAUGCCGAUGAUGAACUGAAAGAAGUAUCAAAACUAGUUGAGAUAUAUAUACAUACUUGUAGUUGGAAUGAUUGUGAUUGUAGAAUAGAAACCAGCUAAUUAAUUUGCACUGUGUUGCGUUGUGUCUACCAACUUCAUCUCAUGGAACCAAAAUGUUCUGAAAAAGCUAGUAAACUAAGAUAUGGAUUUUUGAGUACUCAAAAGUCAUAGUGAGCGUGUUUCACUGAUUUCGUGUUUGUAAUUGUAAUGAUUCAAUCAAGGUUUAAGAGUGAUCAUUGUUUUCUGUAAUAA